UAUCAUAUAUAAUCAAUCUCUUUGUUGUCCUAUUGAUUUCAAUAUCUGAUAUAUAUUGGCAAGAUAUACUCAAACAAGUAAGCAGAUUGUUCUUUCUCUGAAACUUACAACUUCACCAUGAACAAAAGCAAGCUCCAGCUGCAACUUUGUGCAGGGAUAUUUACUUUAAGCAUCCUCUCCAAUGGUGCUUAUGGUAGUGACAAAAUCUUUGACAUAACUCACAAAAUCACUUCUCAGUUGCCAACUUUUGGAUCACAGAAGGGUCUUGGUCAAUUCAUUUGGCUUCUUUCCAGCAUCAAAAAUGGGUCCACAGUGAAUGUGUCGGAGUUCAAAUUGGGAACCCACACUGGCACUCACGUUGAUGCUCCUAGUCACUUCUUUCAGAAGUACUAUGAACAAGGAUUUGAUGUUUCAACCCUUAGCCUUCAAACUCUUAAUGGUCCUGUUCUAGUAGUUGAUGUUCCAAGAAAUAAGAACAUUACUGCUGAAGUUUUGAAGUCCUUGAAAAUUCCCAGAGGAGUACAUCGUGUGCUUUUCAAAACACUUAACACUGACAGGAGGCUGAUGCAUAAAACGGAGUUUGCUUCAGACUUCACAGGAUUUAAGAAAGAUGGGGCACAAUGGUUGGUUGAUAACACAGACAUCAAACUUGUAGGACUUGAUUACCUAUCAGUUUCUGCUUAUGUUGAUGCUGCCCCAACUCAUCAUAUAUUUCUAAGGAAGAGGGAAAUUGUUCUUGUUGAAGGUCUAAACCUUGAUGACAUAAAGCCAGGGAAGUAUACUGUCCAUUGCUUACCUUUGAGGAUGGUAGGUGCAGAUGGUUGCCCAACAAGAUGCAUUCUCAUUGCAUAAAACGUUUCUCCUAGAUAUUGAGAGGAAUGGUUUGAAGUAUCAAUAGAAGUUCUCUUUAUGGACCUUGUGUAACCAACCUUGAAUUGAAAAGUAAUAAAAUGCUGACAUUGAAGUCUCA